CGCUUUCUCCUUUCAUUAGUAAGGGAAGUUCAGGCUUUCGGACCUUCCUGCCUCCUCCGAUACCUCUCCCUCUCACUUCGGACAGUGGCAGUAUUAUAAUGUUCUUUCUCUUUUUUAAUUUCUCUCUCUUUCUGUGUGGUGAGAUCUAGCAAGGAGAAGACUGUGGCCUUCUUCUCUCUCUUCGUCUUACUCUGCAAAGCUGUUCUUUUCUCUUUUCUCUUGCCACUUUUCCUUUUGCGAAUCUGUUUUUUUUUUUUUUUUUUUCUUUGGCGAAUCUGUUGUAAGACUUGACAGGUGGUAGUGAUUACAGACCUAUCCGGAAAAAUUGUGUCUUUUAAUAUUGUCUGCCCUUAUUCAUUUUCUCCAUCAUCCUCUUCUGAAGCUUUCGGAGAUCCAUCCGUCUUGGUCGCUCAUACAUUCCAAGGCUGGUUGUUUGGGAAAUUAUUACACUCUUGGGAGCUCGGAUUAUGUAAAGAUGAGAUUUUUUACUCGGAGUCUCCUCUCUCUCUUUCAGCUUAGAUAUGGGUUUGGACCUCCCUAUUAAGCAACCUUUCCAGUAGAGUCUUGUGGCAUUUGUUUCAGGUGAUUUAUGAUUGGAAGGCCAAGGAUUUCAACCAUCCAAGAGUGCAUUUUGGGUUUUUAUUCCCUUAAAGGUUUUCCUACCUGCUCCUUUUGUUCCCCUCAAAGGAUUCUUCUAAGGGAAUCAAAACUUCAUUCUUGACUGAUUUGAGAUUUAAUUUCAUCUCUUAACUUGUACUUCAUUUCUGUUGUAAAAACCAAACCUUGCUUUGGCCUUUUGAUGCCUUGCUAUUAACCUUUGCAUAUUGGGUUUUCUGCAAAUGGUGAUCAAGGAAGAGAAAUCUUCUCAAAAAGUUGAAGCUGGGCCUUGCAGGCAUUCUACUGCUAAUGAUAGUGAUGGAAGUCCUUGCUUUUCGGAUGCUGAUGAUGAGCAUUGGCAUUCACCUUAUGAAUCCAAUUCGGUACAUGAAUACAGACUUUCUAUUGAAUCUAGUCACGAGAUAUCUGGAGCUCAAGAGCCUUGCAGAAACUCCUGCAUUUCUGAUUGCUCAGUUGAAGUGGAUUUGGAGUGUGGGGCACCGGAGAUAAAGGCCAAUGUAGAAAAAGCUGAGAAGGAUUGCAGAAUUUGUCAUCUGAAUUUGGAGAGUCAUUCCCAGGAAUCUGGCAUCCCGAUUGUAUUAGGUUGUUCCUGCAAGGAUGACUUGGCUGCUGCUCACAAGCAAUGUGCAGAGACGUGGUUCAAAAUCAAAGGGAACAAGACCUGCGAAAUCUGCGGCGCAACUGCGAAGAACGUGGUUGGAAGUGGCGAAACCGAGUUCAUCGAGAGCUGGAAUGAAUCAAACAAUAACUCUGCACCACCGGUGGUGCAGACUGAAACACGAAGCUUUUGGCAAGGUCAUCGCUUCCUCAACUUCCUUCUUGCUUGUAUGGUAUUUGCCUUUGUCAUCUCUUGGCUUUUUCAUUUCAAUAUGCCAACAUGAGGAUCUUUCAAAAGCCAGAUUGGAGGUUCCAUCCAUCCGCAAGGUAAAUGAAGUCUAUAUAACGUUUAGCUGAAUUUCUCACCACUACUGUGAGAAACAAACCAAAGAACUCCUGCAAUGGCCGCUACUUAAGUCUAUAGGAAUUGCAAAGGAGUUUGCUGCGUGAAGCUGUAAUCUGAAAUGCCUGCUGCUAGCUUGCAAAAUCAAAUAUUGAGUGUUUAUGCUUUGUUUGUGAACCUUGUAAUGUUUAUAUAAGUGAUUUUCUCUAAGUGAUUUUCUGGUCUUGUGGAUGAUAGGAGAGGCUUUAGAGAUGCUCCGUGAUUAGCUGUAGUUGCUUGCAAGCAGGCACCAUCACAGAAUAUUCUCAUCCAAAUUGUGGUCUGGUUUUCUAUCUUACAUGUUUGGCUUAAUUGUGCUGUUUUUCACCA